AUGGAGGGUUGGGGGGUUAAGCCGAUUCAAAACUCCAAUGAGUACUUUGGAGAUAUUUCAUCUGAUCAUAGUACUUUAUUAACAGAUGCAACAGAAUACAGAAUUAUAGUAGGAGCAUUACAAUACCUGACAUUCACUCGUCCUGACAUAGCUUAUGUUGUCAAAAAAGCUUGUCAAUUCAUGCAUGCACCAACAGAAUUUCAUUGGGCAUUGGUUAAACGAAUAUUAAGGUAUCUUAAACAUACUUCCACUUAUGGAAUUCUUCUCAAGCCAGCUGAUAAUCUUCAAUUAUCUUUCACUGCCUACACGGAUUCAGAUUCGGCAGGUUCUUUAGAAGAUCGGCGUUCUACCAGUGGAUGA